AUGGAAGAAGAGGAGCACACGACGCAGUGGGCGUUGUUCUUCCCGCUGCAGGCGGGCAUGUCUGCCUUCAAGUCGUCGCUGCCCCCGUCGCCAGACCUACCCGCUCUGGACAAGCUGUCGCCGGCGCUGGCCAGGCUGCGCCCGGGGGCGGCGUCGGCAACCGGAUCGGCGCCCCACUCGCCGGGAGGCAGCAUCGGCGACCUGAUGAACCUCAAGUGCUUCGGCGGCACGCCCACGGGCGGCGAGGCCACGGUGUCGCGCGGCGUGCCGCUGUCCACGCUGGGCAACGCCGCUCCCGGCGCCGCCUCCGGCCCCCGGCGCCGCGCGGCGCCGCCCCCGCCGCCCCCGCCGCCCCCGCGCAGGCCGCUGUCCUGUUCGCAGCGCACGGAGCGCCUGUCGCGUCUCAUUCGCCAGAGCCAGCGCGAGCCACGACCGGCUCCCCAGCCAGGAAUUCAGACGCUGGUUUGCUGUACACUCAAGGUGUUUGAGAAAGUCUUACGAACUGCACGUGUACAGACACAAGUGACGGGAAGGCGAGCUACUCCGGCGCCGGUGGCGAGUGCAGCGGCGCCAGUUGGCGCACGCCUCGCCGUCGGCCCCUGCGGCCUCGGCCCGGCUCGGCUGCGCCCUCCUGCACUGACGUGGCGGCGUACGUCUGACACGAGCGUGAGCGCAGCAGGGCGCCCUCCCUCACCGGGACACGCCUUGUCGCUCGCCAGCACUCGCCUCGCCAUUGCCGGCGCUCAGAGUAGCACACCGAGAGAGAGCUCACCGCAGAACCCAGAAAAUGACGAGGGCGGACAUUCUCUGCCUCGGGGCGCCGGCAGCAGCUCUUUCUCAGUUAUUCCACAGGCCGAAGGCACCGGCCCCCGGCCCCCGGCCCCCGGCCCCCGGCCCCAGGGGAGCGCUCGUCAGAGAAACUGCAGCCAGCUGAGACGGCAGAGCGCCGAGUGGCGCGCCGCCACGUGUGCCGUGACGCGGCCGCUGCGCCGGUGCGGCGGCUUUGUCGCCGGUGUGUCCCGUGUGUGCUGUGUGUGUGUGUGGGCGGCGCCUGCCAGCCCGCUGGCUUUGCCUUUGUCGCAGCCGCGGCCGCCGCCGCUGUGCUAA